AUGAGCGUCGGUGGAAGCGGCCAGGAUAACCUUGGUGUGAGGCGGCUGGCUGAGCGGCUGGAGAGCAGCUCGAGAGGCUGAAUGGUGAGACGGCGGAGUGGCAGCGUACUGCUGGCGUGAACAUGGCGGAGACUGCGCGCUCGCUCUUCGAAUACCGGGACCCGCACGGCGACGGAGAAGGCGUCAAAACGGCUCCGCCAACUCGGGGCAGGCGUGGCUGUGGAAGGAAGAGAAAAGGGACCCCUGUGAAAGUCUUUGUAACACACACGGAGGAAGAGAGCCUGCCUGAGCAAAGCGUCAGCCCAGGUGAUCGAAAGGAGGGAGGAGAGAGUCGACGGCCCACACUGGAUGCGCCUUCCUACAGCACGCAGCCUGCGCCUCACAACUGCGGUCCACUGGAGCAGCCCCGAGAGAAGGUCUCCCCUGGAUCCAAGGGCAGCUCGGCCUCCACACCAGCCCUGUCUCCUGCCGCCUCCUCAGCUCCCACCCUGACACCCGUGCCUGCUCCGGCCCCGGCCACCACAGCUUCGGCUCCGGGCCCGACUCUGACCCCAGCCUCCACGGCUCCAGCUGCUCCAACGGCCUCGGCGCCAGCUCCGACAGCCAUGGCCUUCCCUCCAGCCCCCAACUGUCGCAUCAGGGAGGUCCACUGUGGCAGCCAGGUGCGCCUGGUCGUCAUCGCCAUCCGAGACAUCACCAAGGGGGAAGAGAUCACAGUCGACUACAGCCUGACCGAGUGGGGGGAGAAUCUAGGUUUCCGUGCAACUGUGUCUCCAACGCAACCACAGUGUAACUCUGACUCUGAAAAUAGCAACAAUAUCAAAAAGGAGGACGAGCCUCUCUCUCUGACCGCCCAGCAGCAUCGGCAGCAGCAGCAGGAAUAUGUCACCCCCUCCUGGUCCCUCUCCCCAUCCUCCUCCCCCAUCUCCCACUCUGAAGCCAGCGACUCAGAUGCUGGAGACGAGGACAACUCCAGCCCCCGUGGUCGGGCGCUUCGCCGGAGGAAGAAGCGCCGCGGAACCCCUUCGAAGAAAAAGAUCCCCCGCCGCACGCCGCCCAGACGCUCCUCACCCGUCUCCUCCUCCGCCGUUCCCCAGCAUAGCCGUCCCCUGGCUUCCCCCCUGUCUCCCGGUCAGUUCUCUCCCGCCUGCUCGUCUUCCUUCUCCUCCUCAACUUCGUCCAAACCCGAAUUCAAAACCCCAACUUUUUUGGAUUCCGAAACCAGGGGAAAUCUGACGGCGAACGUCCCGAGCGAAGGGCUGUCCCCCGACGCCACACGGCAAACCUGUGAACACUGUGGACGCCACUUCCGCUCGCUGGGCCGCCACCUGGACAAGCACCACGCCCACCAGCCCGACGUGUGCUCUGCCCUUGUUGAGCGCUACACGCAGAUGCCGCGUCUGCAUGCGCAGGGCACAAGCCCCGACCCAGCCCACGGCUCCUCCGGGAGGAACCCCACCACUGCUGUCCUGACUCCUCCCCGUGGGCAGAGCGCGGUGGCAGUGUCCGUCUUGAAGAGGAGCCCGCCGCCGGUGGCCGUGACACAGCCCAGGAAGGGAGGGGUGAGGAGACUAAAGAAGGACAAAAGGAUGGAGGAAGAGGACGACAUGGAGGAUGAAGACGUGGAGGUACUGGACAUAAAGAGGUCAAAAGAGGAGGAGGAGGAGGAGUUGGAGCUGAUGUGCCCUCAGUCCUUUAACAGCAAAACAGCCAAAAAGAUAGAAGCACCAAAAAAAGAGGAGGAGGAGGAUGAGGAGGAAGAUAAUGAAGAGGGAGUGAAUGGAGUGAUGGAAAUUGAAGAUGACAGUGGGGCCGAGGAGAAGGAGAAGGACUUGCUGGGUAGCUCAGGCCGUCACCACAUGCUGCCCCUGCUCUCCUCCCUGUCCUCCCUGGUCCUGUACCUCCGUCGGCUUCAGCACUCGGCCUUCCUGUCCCUGUCCCGGCAGCUGCAGUCUGCGGAGGCCUGGCGCCUCCUCUGCCACUCCAGCCUGGCGCUCCUCAUUCUGUACAACCGAAGACGCGAGUGCGAGGUCUCCAAGCUGACCAUCGCCGAGUACCGCGCCCGCGUGACUCCUCACUCCCCUGUCCCCGUCCCUCCCGGGUCCCCUCCGGCUCUCACCCCGCUGGAAGCGUCCCUCUCCCCCUUCGAGCGACUGGUUCUUCCUCACCUCCCCAGAGUCGGGGUCCAGGGGAAGCGUGGGCGCGUCCAGCCCCUGAUCCUUCCCCCUCACUGUGAGCCCUGCCUGGAGCUUCUCCUGCAGACGCGGCAUGACGUCGGCGUGGAUCCUGCCAACCCGUACAUCUUUGCCCGGCCGUACCACUCGCCGGCCACCCCUCUGCGUGGCACCGACCUCCUCCGCAGCCUGGCCCGAUCCAGCGGCACCCGCAACCCCAGGGCCCUGACGCAGACCAGGGUCCGCCGGCAGGUGGCCAUCCUUACCCAGCUACUGCUGCUAGGGGAGGGAGAGGAGCCCGGGCAGCCGGGAGGCGGCGCCGCCGAGAGGCUGGAGCACUUCCUGGAGAGGGAGUACCACGUGACUCAGAACUGUGCCGGGAUUGGCCAAGACCCGGGCUUAAUGGGCCGAGUGGGCCGGGUAGUGCUGUGUGGAGAGAGAGAUGGCGUGCUGUUCAGAGGGAUGAGCCUGAACCACAUCUGUCUGGAGCUGGAUGUUUUGUCAGGAAACUCUGCAGACUCUUACUCUGAGGGAGACUCCGAUGGGGAACAUGUGAAGGAGAAGCCCGAGGUGCCCACGCAGACCCCCGCUCUGAGUCCUCCGCCAACCCUGCUCUAUGUCAGGAAGGGCAAAAACAACGGGCGGGUGGGGCGGCCCAAGAAGCUAAAGAGCGUCCAGCCGCCGCCGCCCCCUCCUCCUCCACCUCCACCUGCAAACCGCAGGAGAGGCUCAGGAAAGCGAGGUGUCCUGAAGCGGCCCUGGUCCGAGGCGGAGCGAGCAGCAGUCGAAGAGCACCUAACUAAAAACAUCAACGAGCUGCGGGUGCCCGCCAAAGCUGACUGUGAACGCUGCCUGCAGCAGUGCCCCCUGCUGGUCAACAACCACCGCGACUGGCGAGCGGUCAAGUUCUACUGCCACAACCGCAUUCAGCUGCUGAAGAAAAACCAGCGGCGUGAAAGCCAACUGCAGCCGCUCACCGUCUGCUGAGAGACGGCGACGCAGAGCAGGGGUGUUUGUUUUCUCUCUCAGAGCCGCCCGUCAGUCAGACGGUGCCCUGCGCUCCUUAAGGUGCACACAUCUGGAGAGUCGCGACUUUGCCCAACUCUCUGAGAGCGGACCUUUUUUUUUUUUC